CAAAUUCCCACACCAUUAUUCCGCAACCACCCGAAUUUUGGUUAAUUGUAAACCCAAUCAAUUAUACCGGCAUACAGAUCAAACCUGACCCACCCAAUUCCAAUCUCAAAUCGGGCAUUUCCCGAUUCGCAUUCCCUCUCGGUGUUCCAAAUCCAACACCACCCUAAUGUUUCUCGGUUCGGACGAUCCGAUCUCUGCCAAACGUCUCCGGAGCUCCGACAAAGACAUACCGUCAGCUCAAGACAGAUUGGAUUAAGUAGCAUCAGUUCCACGUUAUGGAAAUUUCAAGUGAGGCCCCAGUUAAGAGACCAAAGCGGUUGACAUCUGUUGUAUGGAAUCACUUCGAAAGAAUUAGAAAGGGAGACAUUUGUUAUGCUGUUUGUGUUCACUGCAAAAAGAAACUUAGUGGAUCAAGUAACAGUGGGACAACGCACCUGAGAAACCAUCUGAUAAGAUGUCUCAAGAGGUCCAAUUAUGACGUUUCGCAGAUACUUUCCGCAAAAAGAAAGAGAAAGGAGACUACCCUUUCUAUUGCAAGUGUCACCUAUGAAGAAGGGCAAAGAAAAGAUGAAACCAUUGCCCCCAUGAGCUACAAAUUUGAUCAAGAGCCAAAGAAGGAAGAGAAUAUUAUCCCUUUCAACAUGGGGAGUGUUAAGUUUGACCAAGAACGAAGUAGACUUGAUUUCACCCGCAUGGUUAUGUUACACGGCUAUCCAUUGUCCAUGGUUGAUCACGUAGGUUUCAAAAUUUUUGUGAAGAACUUGCAACCUUUGUUUGAGGUCAUGACUAGUAGCGCCAUUGAACUUGACUGUAUGACCAUUUAUGCUCAAGAGAAGCAGAAAGUUUAUGAAGAAAUACACAAUCUGAAUGGAAGAAUAAGUCUUGUGGCUGACACAUGGGUGUCACAUGACAGUGGAAGGUAUCUAUGCUUGACUGCUUACUACAUCGAUGAAAAUUGGAAGCUGAAGAAGAAAAUUCUGAAUUUUAUCACACUCAACACCGAUGACACAGAUGACCUACUUUCAGAAGUCGUUAUUAAGUGUUUGACCGACUGGUCCAUUGACCGGAAGUUGUUUUCCAUGACUUUUGAUGAAUGCUCAGGCUAUGAUGAUGUGGUCUUUAGAAUCAAAGACUGGCUAUCUCAGAACAAACCACUUUUAAAGAACGGUGAUUUCUUCGAUGUCCGUUGUGCAUCAAAUGUUUUAAAGUCCAUGGUUCUUGAUGUUUUGGAAGCCCUCCGAGGUCUGAUCCACAAGAUCCGGGAAAGUAUAAGGCAUGUCAAAAGCUCACAAAUUACUCUUGGAAAAUUCAGUGAGAUUGCCCGUCAAGUUGGGAUCAUCACUGAGAGGCAUCUGGUUCUUGACUACCCAAUGCAAUGGCAUUCAACAUAUAUGAUGCUUGAAACGGCACUGGAGUAUAGGUGUGCCUUCUCUGUCCUGCAAGAGAACGAUAAUGACUACAAAAUAAGUCUGUCUGAUACCGAGUGGGAAUGGUUAAAUUCUCUUACGGGUUACAUAAAACUCCUAGUUGAAGUUACUAAAAUAUUCUCAGCAAACAAACAUUUAACUGCAAAUGUCUAUUUUCCGGAGGUGUGUGAUAUUCACAAGCAAUUAACGGAGUGGUGUAAGAGCUCUGAUGAGUUUCUUGGUGAUAUUGCAAACAAGAUGAAAACCAAAUUUGACCAGUUUUGGAGUAAGUGCAACCAAUCUUUAGCAAUAGCUGCUAUUUUGGAUCCUCGAUUCAAGAUGAAGCUGGUUGAGUUUUAUUAUCCUCAGAUUUACGGUAGUGAUGCUCCAAAUCACAUCAAGACAUUGUCUGAAGCCAUAACACAGCUUUUCAAUGAGUAUGCAAUAGGUUCUUCAGCAUCACUAGAUCAAGACCCUUCUGCUCCUGGAAACUUACCUAGCAGCAGUUCUGUAACUAGAGAUAGGCUAAGGGGCUUUGACAAAUUUCUACAAGAGACUUCACAAAACCUGAGCAUGCCUUCAGAUUUAGCUAAGUAUUUGGAAGAGCCAGUGUUUCCCCGCAAUUAUGAUUUCAACAUAUUGAAUUGGUGGAAAGUUCAUACUCCUAGGUACCCUAUAUUAUCUAUGAUUGCACGUGAUGUGUUGGGAAUUCCUGCAUCCACACUUGGACCAGAAUUAGCAUUCAGCAAUAAAGUUAAGAUGCUCGAUCAGCAAAAGAGUUUGCUUAGCGCAGAUGUCCGAGAGGCUUUAGUGUGCGGUCAAGACUGGUUGCGUUUAGAAGCUGAAGAUAACAACCCAUCCAGCAGCAACUAUGCUUUACCACUGCUCAUUGAAUCAAGUUAACAGCCAUAUGAGUGCAUGGGUGUUGACUGAAGGAUUCUUAGGCAAGGGUGAUUAGUAUGUGUAUUCUUUAGAUGUUUAUGAACCCUUUGCUCCAAUUGCAUUGGUUACGACUAGCUGAAUGUGUA